CCCGUUUCACCGCGAUGUAACUGCAGGCCCCAAAGCCUAGGCCUUUGCUCUUCCGUCUCAGCCGAGGGCAGAAGGAGGAGAAAACAUCUGUAGCGAGACAAAAUGGCAGCCCAACAGAGAGAGGCGUUGCCUCUGGAUCUGCAGUUCCGGGCUGGGCUCGAACAAGGGGCAAAUUUAGCGCUGAAAAUGGAAGACGCGGAGCCGGUGGACUUGAAGCAAGAGGUGGAAUUGGAGGGGCAGGGUGCAAGCCCCAGUGCCGCCCAGAUGGGGUCCGACAGGCAAGGCCUGAGAUGGAGAGGACCACAACACAUCAAGCAAGAACCAGAGGAUGGGAUGUCGUCACAGCAGUGGGAGGCACAAUGGCAGGAGUUUCUGGGGGGCGUGCAGUCUCCUCGCGCGGGAUGGGGGACCCGACAGCUUCCGGGCACCGCCUCGUGGGGGGACAUGAAGGCACCGGUGGCGCAUUUUGAUGGGGGACCCACAACCAGCCACCGGCCCGCGGAAGGACACUUUGUCCCGUCGCCCAGCUUUGACGGGACGGGGCCGCCGGCCGAUCGAGAUCGGAAGAAAGUGAAGGAGGAGAUGGAGAGCGUUGAUGACUCCGCCGGCGCCGAGACAAACCGGCAGCACUUCCGGCAGUUCCACUACCAGGAGGCCGAGGGCCCCCGCCAGGUCUGCAGCCGCCUCUGGGACCUCUGCCAGCAGUGGCUGAAGCCGGAGAGGCACACCAAGGAGCAGAUCUUGGAGCUGCUGGUGCUGGAGCAGUUUCUGACUGUCCUGCCCCCGGAGAUGGAGGGCUGGGUCAAGGAAUGCCGCCCUCACAAUUGCUCCCAGGCGGUGGCCCUGGCAGAGGAUUUCCUGCAGAGGCACCAGGAGGAGGGGGGCGGGCAGGACCAGAAGGGCCCAGGGAUGUUCCGUGUGGUGACCGUAAAUUUCCCCGACGCUGAGCAUGCGGCAAGCAGGAGCGCAGAAAGGCAGCUUGGGAGGCCCGUCAAGGAGGAAGUCGAAGAAGAUGGCCACUCUGUGGAUGAAGGGCAAGUAAAUGAGAAUGAGGCGAACAGGUGGAAAACCCUUCAGGGUGCAGAAUCUCACGGGCUCUUGGCAGACGGGGCAGAAGCCGCUGGCCAUUUCCGUGAGAUGGAGGAGAGCUACAAGGGUCAGAGCGGGCCCCAGGGGCAUCACGAGAACGGCCCGGAAGGAACCACCGUGGAAGGGAGCUCCCCGGGAGAGAAGCAGUCACUGUGCUCCAACUGCGGGGGGAGUUUCAACCCCAGCUCGGGGUUCCUCGGGCCGGAGGGCUUCCCGCCGGGGACCAACCCCUACAAGUGCUCCGUGUGCGAGAAGAGCUUCUGCCAGGUGGCGAAGCUCAUUGCCCACGAGCGCUUGCACACGGGCGACUGGCCCUACAAGUGCUCGUUCUGCGGGAAGAGCUUCAACCGCAGCUCAGACGUCUCCCGGCACGAGAGGAUCCACACGGGCGAGAAGCCCUUCAAGUGCGCCACGUGCGAGAAGUGCUUCAGCCAGAGGUCCAAGCUGAUCGUGCACGAGCGCUUCCACACGGGCGACAAGCCCCACACGUGCUCCUACUGCGGCCGGAGCUUCCACCAGAGGUCGGACCUGGUGAAGCACGAGAGGAUCCACACGGGCGAGAAGCCCUACAAGUGCUCCGACUGCGGCGGCAGCUUCCACCGCAGCUCGGACCUGGUCAAGCACAAGUGGAUCCACACGGGCGAGAGGCCCUACAAGUGCUCCACGUGCGAGAAGAGCUUCCGCCAGCGCUCCGCCCUCCUCUACCACGAGAGGACUCACACGGGGGAGAAGCCCUACACCUGCACCGCCUGCGGCAAGGGCUUCAGCUGCAAGGCGCACCUCGUGCUCCACAAACGGACCCACACCGGGGAGAAGCCCUACAAGUGCAACUUCUGCGGGAAGAGCUUCACCACCAGCUCGUACUUUGUGAAGCACCAGAGGAUGCACCUGGGGCAGGAGGCUUUGCCCGUGCUCUGAGAUGCUCUCGGAAGACUUCCCCAGAGCAGAAGCGCACGAUCGGCAGGAGGACCAUCGCGGGACGUGUCUCUCAACGGGGCUGUACCAAGGAUCAGGCCGCAGGUGGGAAGCUUUGUCUUUGAAUGCUCUCGCCGUACUAUUAUUUUUUAAGAUCGUCACCCCGUGCAUAGAAAGCUAGCAUCUCAGGGCCUUUCCCCUGACAUGCUAGGUUUCUUAUGU